AUGGCUUUUUCUGUAAAUAUUUCGGUGGAAGCGCCGAUUGAAAAUCAAAUUCAAGAAAUAACUUAUGAUGGUCAAGAGAUUUAUCAAACGCCACUUACUAUUUCGGAAAACUUGGCUAAAAUUGCCCAGAGAAUAGAUUUCAGCAAGACGAGUACAUCAGAAAGCGAUGAUGCUAGUACUGACAAAGUAGAGAAUGGAGAAAAGUCUGAUAAGCAAGAUAAUCAAGAUUCCAAAGACUCUUUCGCGCAGCAAAAUUCCCUCUGGCCAUGGGACAGCGUGAGAUCGAAAUUGAGAAAUGCCUUGACUGAAGUAUGUGUUCUUGCCGACGUUUUGGCGAUAGCGAAAGAAAAGCGGUAUUUAGUACUUGAUCCAGUGCCUCAAGAUCCUCCAGAGGUGAAGCCUAUGGUCCAAGUUUACGCCAGGAAAAAAGCCCUGGCUGGUGCUGCGAACGUAUUGCUAACUGGAGUCGAGAGAUUGCGAAAUAGUCAAAAUGAACUUGCAAGAAACAGGUCGACGCCCGAUUUUCAUAUUGAAUUAUUGAGGCUAAGACAAAAUUGGCGACUGAAAAAAGUAUCUAACUCUAUAAUCGGUGAUCUUAGUUACCGAACGGCUGGAUCUAAGUACACUCAAACCGGAAUGUUUGAGGUAACUAAAGCCGAAGAGGAUGAAAAAGUACCAGUGUGUAGUCCUCCAGUCUCUCCGAACCCAUCUGCCUCACCAGCUGCAAGUACUGCCUUAGGAGGACCUGGGACCAGUAAUGUACCUUCAGUAUCUUCACCAAUAGCCCCCUCAGCAACGUCAACGCAGUCGUCAUCCUCAAAAAGUUCUUCCUUACGAGUUACCAUUCCCAGUGAACUCCAAGGCGUAGCGUACAUAAAAGUUCUCUGUCAAAAAGACCAAGAAGAUUUGUGCAGCUCCAAUAUAAAUUUACUAACUGCAACUGUACCGAACACAAAUGCUGACAUGCACUGGCAGCAAAAACUCGAGGCAGCUCAAAACGUAUUAUUUUGCAAAGAGUUGUUCAGUCAGCUGGCCAGAGAAGCGGUUCAUCUCAGAGCGCCGAUUCCUCAUAUGGUAGUCGGCAACCAAAUAAUGGCAACAGUACUUCCCGGGAUACAGUUAAUAAUCGGACUGUGUCAUGGAACCGGGAAUGAAAAAAAACCUGCAUCCUCGACACCGCCACCAGUACACAAUGCAGAGCAUGAUCACGUGCUCGAGCAUUCGCUGCAUCAAUUAUUGCGAGAAGUUCAUCAUAAAAAUACUCAUCACCCCUUUCCUCAUCCGUCUUCCGGGCCACUAGGGCCCAGUAAACGUCGGCGUAUCGCUGGACCAACGGCUGCUGAUCGGUAUGAAUUACUGGAGAUGACCAAGAGCCAUACUAUUCUUGAACAAAUCAUCCAGCAGGCUCAGCAUUUCUUCAUGAGAGUGCGUACUGAGUACGUCCUGGAUACAAUUGCUAAAGAAGUUAAAGACCCGUUGAUUGUUUCACAUUGGAAUGCUCUUAAUUCUCCAACUCAGUCUUGUGUUAAAAUAAAUAUUUGGACCAAUUCAUACGAUACUGUUUGUCGGACGUCUUUGGUAGUUCAUGUAGGAGAAAAGUCAUUAAAGUGUGUCUGCAGGGAUGGAAGAGUUAUGCAUAUGAGCUAUGAGCCACAAGAACUUAGAGAUCUUAUAUUUUGUCAAAUUCAUCAACAUCAAAUUACGGCAGUUCAAAAUUUAGCGAAAUGUAUGGGCUGGCAAUUUUUAGCUAACAGCUCGCACCUAGGGCUGGGAGCUGUUGAACCGCUGGGCAAUGCUAGCAGCUGCAUACUCGCAUCGCCGAUCGGUGAUCGCAUGAUUGCCGUCAGAUGCGAACCACAGAGUGGCGUGCAAGUUUCAAUAGCCCACUCUCCACGAAAAGACUUCUUUCCUGGACAGCUGGUGCGUGAACGAAAGUGGGAAAACCUUGGUGGUUCUUUCAAAGAAGUCCGUUGGAAAGACAUGGAGGGAAAGAAUUUUUGUAAUAAAAUGGAAUUACUUAUGGCGUCGCUAACGAGUUCACAAAAUUAA